UGCAGUGGUGCCGGGAGGAUGGCGGCGGACUGGUGGCAGAUCACUUUGGUUGUUCUUAUCGCUGGCUUUGUGAAUCCCUGGGAGCUGUCAGCGUUACACUGCAGCUUUUAUAACUUCUGUGAGUGCGGCUUCCGGCCCAACCUGAACGGUGAGUGGAGCAUGUCUUCAUAACUGGGGUCUGUACAGCACUGCACUCACUACCAGACUGCAACCAUGUACUCAGUAUUGGGGGUCUGUACAGCACUGCCCUCACUACCAGACUGGAACUGUGCCCUCACUACUGGGGGUCUCUACAGCACUGCCCUCACUGCCAGACUGGAACUGUGCCCUCACUACUGGGGUCUGUACAGCAUUGGCCUCACUACCAGACGGCAACCGUGUACUCAGUAAUGGGGUCUGUACAUCACUUCCCUAAUCCAGGCUAGAACUGUGCCCUCACUACUGGGGUCUGUACAGCAUUGGCCUUAUUACCAGACUGCAGCCAUGUACUCAGUAAUGGGGUCUGUAUAGCACUUCCCUAAUCCAGGCUAGAACGGUGCCCUCACUACUGGGGUCUGUACAGCACUGCACUCACUACCAGACUGCAGCCAUGUACUCCGUAUUGGGGGUCUGUACAGCACUGCCCUCACCACCAGGCUGGAACUGUGCCCUCACUACUGGGGUCUGAACAUCAUUGGCUUUAUUACCAGACUGCAGCCAUGUACUCAGUAAUGGGGUCUGUAUAGCACUUCCCUAAUCCAUGCUAGAACGGUGCCCUCACUACUGGGGUCUGUACAGCACUGCACUCACUACCAGACUGCAGCCAUGUACUCCGUAUUGGGGGUCUGUACAGCACUGCCCUCACUACCAGAUUGCAACCAUGUACUCAGUAUUGGGGGUCUGUACAGCACUGCCCUCACUACCAGAUUGCAACCAUGUACUCAGUAUUGGGGGUCUGUACAGCACUGCCCUCACUACCAGACUGGAACUGUGCCCUCACUACUGGGGGUCUCUACAGCACUGCCCUCACUGCCAGACUGGAACUGUGCCCUCACUACUGGGGUCUGUACAGCAUUGGCCUCACUACCAGACGGCAACCGUGUACUCAGUAAUGGGGUCUGUAUAUCACUUCCCUAAUCCAGGCUAGAACUGUGCCCUCACUACUGGGGUCUGUACAGCAUUGGCCUUAUUACCAGACUGCAGCCAUGUACUCAGUAAUGGGGUCUGUAUAGCACUUCCCUAAUCCAGGCUAGAACGGUGCCCUCACUACUGGGGUCUGUACAGCACUGCACUCACUACCAGACUGCAGCCAUGUACUCCGUAUUGGGGGUCUGUACAGCACUGCCCUCACCACCAGGCUGGAACUGUGCCCUCACUACUGGGGUCUGAACAUCAUUGGCUUUAUUACCAGACUGCAGCCAUGUACUCAGUAAUGGGGUCUGUAUAGCACUUCCCUAAUCCAUGCUAGAACGGUGCCCUCACUACUGGGGUCUGUACAGCACUGCACUCACUACCAGACUGCAGCCAUGUACUCCGUAUUGGGGGUCUGUACAGCACUGCCCUCACUACCAGAUUGCAACCAUGUACUCAGUAUUGGGGGUCUGUACAGCACUGCCCUCACUACCAGAUUGCAACCAUGUACUCAGUAUUGGGGGUCUGUACAGCACUGCCCUCACUACCAGACUGGAACUGUGCCCUCACUACUGGGGGUCUCUACAGCACUGCCCUCACUGCCAGACUGGAACUGUGCCCUCACUACUGGGGUCUGUACAGCAUUGGCCUCACUACCAGGCUAGAACUGUGCCCUCACUACUGGGGUCUGUACAGCAUUGGCCUCACUACCAGACGGCAACCGUGUACUCAGUAAUGGGGUCUGUAUAUCACUUCCCUAAUCCAGGCUAGAACUGUGCCCUCACUACUGGGGUCUGUACAGCAUUGGCCUUAUUACCAGACUGCAGCCAUGUACUCAGUAAUGGGGUCUGUAUAGCACUUCCCUAAUCCAGGCUAGAACUGUGCCCUCACUACUGGGGUCUGUACAGCAUGGGCCUCACUACCAGACUGCAACCAUGUACUCAGUAUUGGGGGUCUGUACAGCACUGCCCUCACUACCAGGCUGGAACUGUGCCCUCACUACUGGGGUCUGUACAGCAUUGGCCUUAUUACCAGACUGCAGCCAUGUACUCAGUAAUGGGGUCUGUAUAGCACUUCCCUAAUCCAGGCUAGAACGGUGCCCUCACUACUGGGGUCUGUACAGCACUGCACUCACUACCAGACUGCAGCCAUGUACUCAGUAUUGGGGGUCUGUACAGCACUGCCCUCACCAUCAGGCUGGAACUGUGCCCUCACUACUGGGGUCUGAACAUCAUUGGCUUUAUUACCAGACUGCAGCCAUGUACUCAGUAAUGGGGUCUGUAUAGCACUUCCCUAAUCCAUGCUAGAACGGUGCCCUCACUACUGGGGUCUGUACAGCACUGCACUCACUACCAGACUGCAGCCAUGUACUCCGUAUUGGGGGUCUGUACAGCACUGCCCUCACCACCAGGCUGGAACUGUGCCCUCACUACUGGGGUCUGAACAGCAUUGGCUUUAUUACCAGACUGCAGCCAUGUACUCAGUAAUGGGGUCUGUAUUGCACUUCCCUAAUCCAGGCUAGAACGGUGCCAUCACUACUGGGGUCUGUACAGCACUGCACUCACUACCAGAUUGCAACCAUGUACUCAGUAUUGGGGGUCUGUACAGCACUGCCCUCACUACCAGAUUGCAACCAUGUACUCAGUAUUGGGGGUCUGUACAGCACUGCCCUCACUACCAGAUUGCAACCAUGUACUCAGUAUUGGGGGUCUGUACAGCACUGCCCUCACUACCAGAUUGCAACCAUGUACUCAGUAAUGGGGUCUGUAUAGCACUUCCCUAAUCCAGGCUAGAACUGUGCCCUCACUACUGGGGUCAGUACAGCAUGGGCCUCACUACCAGACUGCAACCAUGUACUCAGUAAUUGGGUCUGUAUAUAACUUCCCUAAUCCAGGCUAGAACUGUGCCCUCACUACUGGGGUCUGUACAGCAUUGGCCUUAUUACCAAACUGCAACCAUGUACUCAGUAAUGGGGUCUGUAUACCACUUCCUUAAUCCAGGCUAGAACUGUGCCUCACUAUUGGGGUCUGUACAGCAUUGGCCUCACUACCAGACUGCAACCAUAUACUCAGUGUUGGGGGUCUCUACAGCACUGCCCUCACUACCAGACUGCAACCAUGUACUCAGUAAUGGGGUCUGUAUAUCACUUCCCUAAUCCAGGCUAGAACUGUGCCUCACUACUGGGGUCAGUACAGCAUUGGCAUCACUACCAGACUGCAACCGUGUACUCAGUGCUGGGGGUCUGUACAGCUCUGCCCUCACUACCAGGCUGGAACUGUGCCCUCAUUACUGGGGUCUGUAGAGAAAUGCCCUCCCUUCCAGACUUCAUGUAUGCACUCUGUACUUUGGUCUGUACAGCACUGCCCCAACUACAGAGUUCUAUACAGCACUGCCCUCACUAAUAGGCUGGAACUGCACCCUCACUUCUGGGGCCUGUACAGCACUGCCCUCACUACCAGGCUAUAACUAUAAUUUUUUUACUGGGGUCUGUACAGCAAUAUUCUCACUAUUAGACUAGAGCCAUGUACUCCAUACUGGGCUCUGUACAACAUUGCCCUCACUACUAGGCUGGAAUUGUGCCCUCUGUACAGCAAUGCCCCCACUAUUGUGGUCUGUACAGAAAUACCCUCACUACCAUAUCACUGAUCAUUACCAGGCUGCAGCCGUGCAUGCAGUACUGGGGUCUGUACAGCAAUGCCAUCACUACCAGGCUGCAGCCCUGUACUGCGGUCUGUCCACUGCCUUUGCUAGCAGUCUGCUGUGUGCUCUACCAAAUCUACCUAGCUGCAGCUGUGUGCUUUGCCAGACUGCCCUUGUCAUGCUAAAGUUGGCUAACAGUAGAGACCGCUUAAUCUCUGCAGCACCUGUACACACAGUGACUGGAGGACUGCAUGUUGAGGUCCUGCAAGGUAAAGUUGGGGUUCAGUAAGAGGAUCAGACACCCAAAAAAACCAAUCAAACCUUCCUCUAAUCUUUCUUACUGUGUCUAAAUUGCUUCUUACUUUUUUUUUUGAGUGCUCUGGUGAUCAUAUAAAAUAUAAUAAUAAAAGCGGGCACUACUUUUCCUUAUGUAGAGCAGUCUAGACAAAACUUGAGAAUGACCGACACACAAUAGCGUUGCAUUUGAAAUAGUUAUCAUAAAGAUUCACAGUCUUCAUAUAAGUGCAAAGACAUGUAAAAGAGAAAAUAUAUCAAUGAGAAUGAACUUGAGCAAGUUAUUUCAUUUGGCAAUCAAAUUUACCCACAAUACAUCAGUAAAAUGAAUUGGCAGUGGGGAGGGGGGAUAAUAUGUAUUUAUGAGGGUGUAUAAUGAAUUAAGAUAGAAGGGAUAUAAGAGGCGGCAAAUCAAAACAAAAUAUUGCGUCAAUAUUCGAAUAAGACUUGUGGAGUGACUUUAAAUGGGUAGCACUGUAGCCAUUACAGUACUGUGUUGUGGUUAUGGUGCUAGAAUUUCCCAGGUCCCAUCCCACAGGUCCAGUCAUUCGAAUGGUUUGAUACCUACCUGGGUCUCCCAUGGGCCUGCAGUCUGCACUCUAUUCAUAAAUUUCACUAAAGUGAAAGUUCCUACUAGCAAUAUCAAAUUUCUGUCUGAAUGGAAUUUAUUGGCUGAGGUCUCGGAGACUUCAUGUCUAGAUGACCAUCUGUAGUCAAAUACCAAGACUUGACCCACCUCAACCCAGAUAAAUUAAUCUUUUUUUUUUUAUUUAUUUUUUUCUAGCUCUGGAAUGUGAGCUUGCUCGCAGUGUGUUUGGCCAGCACCUAGCCUGUGAUCUGGUGGUUAAAGCUGUGAAACAGUUUGUAGAAACAGAUUCGCCAACUAAACCUUUAGUGUUAUCGUUCCAUGGCUGGACUGGUUCUGGAAAAACCUUUCUUAGCUCUCUCUUGGUCAAACAUCUCUACAAAGACGGGACCCGGAAUCCUCAUGUGCAUUACUUCUCCCCGAUCCUACACUUUGCUCAUGCGCAGAACGUAGAGCUGUAUAAGGUUAGUGAAUUAUUUAUUUUGUGAGUUCCAUUGAUCACAGUGAAAUACUUUGAAUUGUUGAAUUUUACAGACUUUGUAAAAAAGACUGGACAACUUUUCUUUGUGUUAAUUUUGGUCUCUCACUUGGUAAAAUUAUUGAAUGCCUUUUUGUAAUGUAUUCUAUAGCUUGUCCAUUUAAAAAUUUAUAUAAUUAGGAGAUCCCAGGCGCUUUGGGCAGACUAGAUGGGCCAAAUGGUUCUUAUCUGCUGUCACAUUCUAUGCUUGAUAUGCCUUUUUCCAAGUGGCAUCCAGCUUCUAGCAUUUACUUUCAGGAAGAGCGGAGUGCUGCUCAGGGGCGCCGCUAAUUGCCUUGAAGCUGGAUGUCUCUGGGGAAAACUGAGAUCUGGCACUGGAGGCAACCUUUGGGGUUAAACUGUUCGAGGCUGGUUUAACCUCUUCAGUUAAUAAGUGCCUUGGAAUCUCCCGGCACCAUCAAAACUUCAUUUUGACGAGGUUGUUAUGGUGCAAGAAUAUUCCUUUCCUCCCCCCUUGGUAAAGUCUUGUUUAGGAAUAAAUAAUGUGCUUCCAAGUUGUUUCUCCUUCUCCCUUUUAAUGGAAUGUUCUGAUAACUAUCUAACGGCAUCUUUCACCUUCCAGGAAGACCUUAGGCAAUGGAUACAAGGAAACUUAACACAGUGCAGUCGCUCAGUUUUUGUCUUCGAGGAAAUGGAUAAGAUGCACCCAGGCAUAAUUGAUGUCCUUGUCCCUUUUCUAGGGCCAUCCUGGGUGGUGUAUGGAACAAACUACAGAAAAGCUAUAUUUAUCUUCAUCAGGUAACUGUACCAUUGGUUCUUUUUAUAGUAACGCACUCGGCUUAUUAUUUGGUUUUAUAGGACUAACAUUGCUUUUUCAUUUAAAUAAAAAGAUGGUAUUUCUAGCGCUUGUUAAAAGUCUAUGUGGCAGUCUCUUCCUACUGGCCAUAGGUAGAUCUAGAAAGGGGAUGCAGGGAAGCAGCGCCUUUACAAAUGUCCUUUAAAAUAAAGUGAUAUGCAAAACGAGAGGACAAAUAAAAUGGGAUAUGGUGUAGUAUUUUUGAUGUUGGUGAUUGUAAAUAGAAGAAAGGAAAUGCACUUACAAUCUUCGGGAGCUUGAAAUCCGCUCCAGAUAUGUGCUUGGACGGUACAAUUCCCAUCUGUGGAUAUGCUGAUCUUGGUCUCGGUCUUAUGUGGAAAGGUAUCCUUAGGCCGGUCAGCAGUGCGUGGUGAUCAGCGUUCGACAAAGUUUUAUCACAGUGAGAGUUCCCGAGUUCAUAGCAUUAAAAUAAAAACAGAAGAUGGUGCUCUCUGUUCAGCUAAUACAUGUUUUUAAAAAGAGGUAUACUCACAAAUGGAGAUCACUGUAAAGUUCUGCUCAAUCCUAUAUAGCUUGGGUGGUAACGUCCCUACCUAGGAAACCGAAGUAUGAAUCCUCCAGGUUAAACUCUUCAGAGAUAAAGAGGGAGGUUCAAAUGCCAUAAAAACCUAGUUUUAUUUAUAACUAAAAUAAUCAAAUUACAAGUAUAGAGUACGACAACGCCACCGCGUUUCACCUCCACACAGGCUUUUUCAAAGCUCCAGAAGAUUGUAAGAGCAUUUCCUUUCUUUUAUUUAUAAUCACCAGCAUAAAAAAAUACUACACCAUAUUCCUUAUUAUUUGUCCUCUUGUUUUGCACAUCACUACAUCUUUAUUUUGAGGACACUUGUGAAGGCGCUGCUUCCCUGCAUUCCCUUUCAAAAUUAUUCACAUUUUUUUUUGCUUUUCCAUGACAAAAAGUCGUGAUUUUAUUACAAACUGCGGCAGGUAUUGCUUUGGAACCUCAGAAACCCCUGGAACGCCAUGCACAACCUUAGCUAGGGAGGAGGGGUGAUAUUGGCUUAAAUUCCUGAUAGGAACCACUUUGGUUGAAGCAGCCUUGGUCUGAACAGGAUGAGCCUGUGACCAGACGGCCUUUGUGUCACACAGCCCUGAUGGAGACCUGGUUCUGAAACUCUGGAAAGAUGAACACAGUGGAGGGGGAGUAAACUGCACAGAGAAUACACAAUACCAAACAUAGACAACUCCCCUUAGUUCAGAGAAACAAAAAAAAAAAAGCCAUAAAAACCUUCAAUAUACAUCAAAAAGCAUAACUGUUUUUUAUUAAUUUAUUUUUAUUUUUUUUGUAACCCAUUUUCUUUGAGGAGAAUGCAUGUAGUGAUUACAGGGAAUUUUUUAAGAUUGCAUCAUAAUCCAAGUGUAUGUGUGUUGGGUUGAUACAAAGAAAUAUAGUGACCAUGUUUUAGCUGAAGAUAUCUCAAGUCCCAUAGUUGAAGGAUAUAAUGGGUCUUUCAUGUAGGCCUGAGUGGAAAUUGUCUAAAACAAGCAGCUGACCUACUGAGUUGAUGUUUAUCUUCAAGCUGCCAGGGAAUUAUUUGUGGCUAUGAAGUACCAUUUAUAAAUUGUUGAUUUUUUUAUUUUAUUAUUAGUUGGUAGUGAGACGCAUCAAAUUAGUUUUGUUUUAUGGAGUUUGAUAUAUGGGAAAUAUAUUAUGGAAAAUAUAAACCCUAGAUUUGCAUUUCUUUGCAGUAAUGCUGGUGGAGACGUCAUUAAUCAGGUAGCACUGGAUUUUUGGAGGGAUCGCAAAGACAGGGAAGAGAUCCAACUCCGUCAUCUACAAUCUGCAAUUUCCAUUGCUGUGAUGUCCACUCCAGAACGUAAGUAAAAUUUUGAACAUAAAUACUGACAUUAAAAGGUCACUACAGGUUUCCAGACCACUUGACCAAUGAAAUGCAAAGUCCCCCUGUCCCCUUAACCCUGGAAUAUGAAACAGAAACUGCAAUGUUUACAUUGUAGGGUUGAGACAGGCACAAGAGGUGCUUCCUGGACUCUAAUGGAGUUUAACUCUGUAAAAGCAAAGCAUGAGGGCAUCCAACGUCUUCAAAUUAUCCAUAAGUAAGCAAUUCAUUGCCUCCCUAUGGAGAAGCACUAAGGCACGCACAAAUUAGGUUCCCCCAUCAGCAUGGCAUUUGCGGGAGAAGGAGAUUUGAAGUGGUCAUGUUAGUAGGUGUGUUUCUGUACAUCCAUAGAUGUUUGCACUUGUUUGCGGGGACUAGUUACACCCCUGGUACACCUGACUUGGGCAGCCCAGAACUCUGUUCCGGCCUACCUAAUGUCAAUUCUAUGCAUGUUUUACGUCACUAGCAACACACUUAACUAAUCUUCUCACCUGCAGCCAGUGUGCCUGCAAGGGGAAGAUUGCUUACUCCUCCCUCUGUUUUAUUUAUUUAUAAUUUUUCUAUUUUUAAUUAAAAAUCUCCCCAUCCUUUCCAAAAUCCCUGCCUCACCACUACUCUCUUCUAUAUGAGAAGCCUGUAAUUGGAAUGCACAAGGCCCCCUGCUAAUAUUAAAUGGAAGAGGGAUAUCAGCGCCAGGAGUUUUGCCCCAUGCUGGAUUCCAGGAAAGUGUGUUUCUUUUUUUUUUUUUGUUUAAGUUUUUUUUUUAUGUUUCAAGAAGGGAAGGCCUGAUCACAAUUGUAAGCCUAAACAGGCUAGUGGCAGAGGGAAAGCGUAACCAUUUAAAUGUAAUAGGGAUAGACUGAUUAUCGGUUCCGUCACCCCACCUUGUGAGUCCCUGCAUGUGGAGCUCAAGUGAAGGCAGGGAGGUGAGUCUGUGAAUAAUCUACUGUAAUGUGCUGGGUGGGCUGACUCAGUGAUAGUGUAAUUGCUUUGGAGAAAUGAUAUUGGUUGAUCCCUAAAAUGUAGAAAUCCAAACCUCCAUUACACUGCAACUGUGUUUUAGCUGACUGCCAUAUAUAAUAAAGUAUAAACUGGAUGAUCUCACGGAAGUAGAUGCUUCUAUUUUUUUUUUUUUUUUUUUUUUUGCUCCUCAACUUUAUUUGCUCUCACUUAUUGCUUGGACUUUAUUAUUUUUUUUAAACUUCCCUUUUUAACCCUGGCGGCAGGACCUUGUCGCUUAAAUUGUGUUCCUUUAACAGGUUGCAAUAAUAGGAGAGACAGCCUAGAACAAGGAAGAUAAAACUUUUUAAUUUUUUUAUUUUGAGUAGUAUAAAAGGUAAUCCAAAAGGUCUAGCAAUGAGCUCUUACUAUCCUGUCAUUCUAGUGUAUAAUUCUGUAAAAGACUAUACAGCGUUGUUUUGUAAACUUGCAAAUGAAAGACGAACUAAUUCUAUUGUAACCAGCUGAUACCACAGUGAGACAGAAUAACACCGUGCAUCAGGGAGUAUAAAGAAAAGGCACAUGGCGAUGUCACUGGCUGUGACAUCGUAAGCCCACAGGGAAAAAUAGAAAAAAAUAUAAAUUAAAAAAAAAAGUAACAUAUAUUACCGAGAGGUAAUAUAACUGUCCCUGAACGUGUCUUUGAACGCACUGGGUGAAUAUAAAGAGAAGGUGACUGAAUGUCAGGUAGUGCCAGGUAAGUGAGUGUGCGUUUGUAACAUUGCCAUAUUGGUUUAAGCUUUUAGAUUUGUGAUAGUAGAGCACUGACCAUGUUUGUUUGAAUGGUUACUCUAACCAAAAAUAAGAUUUGAUGAAAACACUGUUUUUUAUGGCUGGCAUUUCUUACUGAAUCACUGCACAUACAUUUCACCUCAAAUCACUGAAGUGGUCAUGGAGUUUGUAGUAAUCUUUUUAAAUUAUAGAAGCCAAAGUAGUUCUAAGAUUUUGAGAGACAUUUGGGUUGGAUUCUAAAUAAUGGAUGACAUGGGCAUCACAAAAUUCUCCAUCGAUGAUUCCCACUUUGGUCACCAUAACCAACAAAUGCCCAUGUUUUAUUGCUAUCCCAGCACUCUGUCAUUUUGGAAACCUCGAUUUAUGGUUGGUUCAUGCGGACUGGAACAUCCUAGAAUAAACUAUUAAUGGCGGCACGAUCAGUAUAUCUCUAGAUCAUUUAGUGUGCCAGCUCAUGUCUGAGUAAGGACACUUCUUCAACUAGCUCAAUAAAAGAUAAACCUGUAUUUUAUAUUCUCCUUAUCUUCAUCAUUUGACAGUAAGUAUGGUCCCUCUUAUCUAGGAUCAAAAGAACUUGUAGAACGUAUUUCUAAAGCUGUUUACUAAAGCUCAAUUUUAUUUACUGUUUGUUUGGCAGAUGGUUUCUGGAAGUCACAGAUUAUGAAUCAGAGCCUUAUUGAUGUGAUCGUGCCUUUUUUACCUCUGCGUCCAAGUCACAUCCGGCAGUGCAUACAGAAAGAGGCAGAGCAGCAAGAAUUGGAGUAUGAAGAGGACACCGUUCAAUCUAUACUGAACAAUCUUGUUUAUUUCCCAGAGGAUGAAAAGGUUUUCUCUUCCACUGGCUGCAAAACUGUGUCCUCUCGCGUCAGUUACUUUCUCUGACACACUGUUCUAAUUCCACUUGAAAUCGGUGUACUGUUAAUGAAUCAUCUUACAAUCUACAACCUUUCUCCCUCCUUGAAUGGGUUGGAGAAUUUUAUCAAUACUUUGCUUGAAUCAGUGAGCAAUUAUACGUGGAUUUUGUAUCUAUAUUAGAUAUGUGAUUUACUGGCAUACUGUGCUAUUCAGAGUCCAAAGGGCUAGUGAGGUGAUGUUACAUUGUAGUCGGUAAGACACAUGAAAUAGUACUCGGACAAAAGGGGGGGGGGGAAAAUCAUGUAUCGUGGAGCAAAGGUACUAUUAGUUGGGAACAAAGUCCGUUUGAAUUAUAACAUCAAGUUAAUGGACAGGAAUGGAACCUAAAUGUGAACUGCUAUGCAUGUGCAUUUAUUUUGUUUUUUUCUUUUGUUUGCUAAAUAUUCUUUUAUAUACAUUUUAUUUUUAUUUAUUUUUUUUGUUUUUUUUUAGUUUUUGCUAAGAUAAAAUAAGAAGAGCUAUAUUAUCUAAUGUUUCUGUCUGGAGAGGUAAGUAUUUUGGAUCCCAGAACUUAAAAUGACAUGCCUCAGGACCCUAUAUGUGUUGGGUCUUUUAUUUUUUUAAUUUGUUUCUUUUUCUUCUUUCUUUUUGCCAUUUGAACUAAAACUCAUGAUUUUUAAAAUAAUUUUUUAUAUUAUUAUUUUUUUUUUUUUGCUAGAAACCCAUUCUAGAACCCUAGCCAUACCCAUAAAACACUGCUUAGAGAAAUGACUCAAUAGUAAUCUAAAAGUGGCAUUUCCCUUAAAGCAAUUUUAUUUUUCUAACUUUUUUUUUUUGUCUCUGCACAAUGUUUAACUUGACUGUUGGUUAACCUCAGCCAUCAAUCAAUCAAUUUUGCACUACACUGGGACCCAAUUAAAGUGGCUCUGUCGUCACACACAUUUUUUUUUUAUUAUUAUUUAAUUAAGAUAUUCUGUUGACUGCAUUGGAAUUUCAUUGAAACACAGAGUACAGCAGUGAAAUGGGUUUCUAGCAGAAAAAUCAGGAAAUAAAAUGAAAGAAGAUUGUGGUACUGGCAAGGAAGGGCCUUGAAUAAGUAUAACUGUUUUUAGGUUCAGCCCCCACCGGCCGUGCACUCAGCGGGAAUGUCACCUCAUGAAGUACAGCAUGUGGUUUUAUACGGGCCAUACUAUUACACUCAGUCACUUCAAAACCGAUGGACUGUAAUCAAAUAUUUUGUAAUACUAACAAAAUGAUUGGUCCACUUUUAAUUCUAUUCAAACAAUUUAGUCAAUGUACAGAUUUUUUUUUUCUCUAUUACUAAUAAUGUAAGGGUUGAUUUGUGCACCAUAACCACGACAUGCCAAUGUAGUGGUUAUGGCGCUGUCCCUCUGUGCUUAAUGUAAAAUUUUUUGAACAUUUUCACCCAAAGUCACCUUUUAGCCUGGCCCUACUCGCUGGAAUUUUCCCAUUUACUAUAUCGACUUCAUCUAUAUUUUAAAGGGACACUCCAGUGCCCAAAUACAAAAUAAAUAAAACCUAACUGUUCUAGAUAUAACCCAAAUUAUAUAGUCACUAGAACAACUACAGCUUAUUGUUUUGGUGACUAUAAUCAUUCCCUUCAGGCUUUUUCCACUAAACACUGUCUUUUCAGAGAAAAUGCAGUGUUUACAUUACAGUCUAGUGAGAAGAUGGCUACUAGAGGUGCUUCCUGGGACAGUGCUGCACACUGUGUAACCAAUGUAAUUUUAGAAAAGUGUCAAUUUCUAUUGAAAUCUGCCCUUUUUGCAAAAUAAGGGAGUGAGGGGAAGACACUCUUCACACAUAAAACCUUUCAGCAACCCAAGGUGCUUAGGGGUCUGGAGUGACCCUUUAUGUCUAUUCCUGGGCUGGCUGUGUAAUCAAAGAAUUGAAAUCUACAUUAUUACUAAUAAAACAUUUUUUGUUUGUUUUUACUUGUUCAAUGGUUCUUAGAUUUGUUUAAUGAUUUCUAGGUUAACUGCUACAACAACAACAAUUUAGUGCUGUUAAAAUUUGGGGUAUGCUUGAAACGAUCUAAUAUAAAUUAUUAUAACUUAAUUUAGAAGAGAAAUAAUGAGCUGUCAAUGAGGACAGGUGCAUAAUGGGUAAUGUUUUAAACACAAGAGAUCGAAAGUGCAUAUGAACUAGUUAAAGAUGCUCUCCACACUGCUAGAUGGGUUUUACAAGGACAUGCAAGGUACUAUAACCACUUCAUAUCAUUGGAGUUGUUGUAAAGUGCCUGGAGACCUACCCUCCAUUUAGUAUUAAGUAAUUUAACACUAAAUUACACUCUGCCAGAGUUAUGGCUAAAGCAGAAAUUCACACUGAAUGAAGGUAUGACACCAGUGUACUCCAGGCACUACAACCACUUCUGUUAACUACUGCUUGGCCAAGUAAUCAUGAGAAAAGAUGGAAUGUUGUCAAAGUCCAGAAUUAACUGAUAAUACGGUAAAAGUUGUGUGAUUUAUUUAGUCAAAAUUAUACAACAAUGAAUACGGUCAGGUUGGCCAAACUAGAGGUUAGGAGAGACUGGAGAAGAAUCAGAUUGGGUUUUAAACAUAUGUUUUUAAUUGUUAAAUCAUUGUUUUUAUAAUAUAGGUGAAAAUUUAUUUUCUCAAAUGAGCAUUCUGCUUUACAGUAUAAAAUUAAAAGGGUCUUCAUCUUCAACUCCAUUUAUCUACUACAGAUAUUACAAAUGAAUAAUGAUCCACUUUGUAUCUCAUUUCAAGUAAUAAAAUGCUGAUUUAAUAAGUGGUGGAUUUCUUUGUGAGUGCAGGAUGUUAAUGCAGGAUUAAAUCUUAAUAAUGGGAGUUUCUUUCCCCCACCUUUGCCAUUUUGGUCUCAAUUCUGCAAACAAGUUUGGUGAAUAACCUCAAGGUCAUUAUUCAGGAGGUUCCAAGCCUGAACUGAAGUUCUUCCAGUGAUAGGGUGCACUGGCAUUACAUGGUUCCUCUUUAGCUGGUGGCAACUGAGGUUCAUGAGAAGGUUUAGACUGCAAUCGACCUCUUCUAUUCAAAGCUGUCUGGAUCUCUGUGUUAAUCUGGG